ACAAAUUAAAAAUGUGCGUUUGCCUUUGUAACGCUUCGUUAUUUUAUUUCGGUCGUUUUACAACAUGCUCCUUGGAUUGUCCAAUUUUGAAAAGCCUUACCGGAACUAAAGUGAUGUCAUUCCUGAGUGACUUUGACAGCCUGUGCUGUGCUGCAGAGCAGACGCGUUCUCAGCUUCUCUGCGGUGCGGCUGCUGUCAUCAUGCAGGUUGGCGCAGUCCACCUCAGCUGGACUCGCAUGUGAUGUACUGCGGAAAGUCGCUCUUCUAACAAUUGCGGACAAAACAACAGGAGUCUCGCAAUUCUUUUCAACCAGCGCUCCAUGACCAUGAUGGAUGACGGAACUUCUUGCGAGAACACUCCGGACCUAAGAGACAUAGAGGCGAAAAUCGGCCGCAAGACCCCCGAGGGGUUGCUCAGGUGGAUGCGGGAUGAGGCAGCCUCUCUCCGGGGAGAAGACAAACUGGCCCCCGCCGCGCAGGAAACCACCAAGGAGACUGGAAAGAAAAGCCUCGAUGAAAAGAUAACAAUAUUGAAGACCGAGAUGGCACACUUGCGCUCGGUGGACAUUAAGAUCCUACAGCAGUUGCUGGCCGUCCACGAGGGCAUCGAGGCAGUCAAAUGGUUGCUGGAAGAGCGCAGCGCACUCACCAGCCGAUGCAGCAGCCUGACCAGCAGCCAGUACAGUCUGGGCGAAGGCCCCAACACCUCCUGGAGAGGCUCCUGGAGCAGCCUUCACGACUCCAACGACAAGCUGGACAACAUUUCCAUCGGCAGUUACCUGGACACCCUGGCGGACGAUAUGGACGAAUACUGUCCCUCGAGCUCAGAGUCGAUGGUCAUCCGCUCUUCCACGCCGCAGGUCUCCGAGGCUCCUGCGGGGGGCCGGACAGCGGAGGUCUCCUCGCCCAAGGUCUCUGCUACGGCGACUGGACAGAAGCCUACAGAGACUGGCAACGGAGCUCCGAUUGACAUUCACUCCCGAUCAAAUGAGAACGUUAUCAGUGAUGUCAAUGGAAACGGGGUCGCUGGAGGUGAAAGUGGAAAGAUAUUCGUUCCCAACAACAUUCCAGAAGCCAAGCCAGAUGCUUUAGUUUGCACCGAGGUGGCCGAGGCAGGCUCGGUUUCUUUGAACGCUACCUUGAGCCAGAGCACUAAGGCCAACGGGAACGUGGAGAAGACGGCAGCGACCGGCAGCCGCGCUCGCAUCGCCCUCAAACAGAGCCCCAAAUGUAAAGCUUACAAAAACGGAAAGGUUGACUUGGAUACUUGCAAACUUGGAAACGGCAAAAUGCAUCUGGAGUAUGAUGCUCACUGGCGCUGGGUGCAGUCACAAGAAGAUGUGACGUUUUUGUGAAACUACUGAGCAGCCAAUGAUGUCUACAAACGGGCUGCUUUUCUCUGCAAUAAGGAAAGAAAGCAACUUUUCUUUGCACACUAUA